AAACCUGCCGAGUGGGAGGGCAGACUUGUCGGUUUAGAGGAGGGGUAUGCCCUAGUCAUUAUUUGUAUGUUCUUAUUCAAACAUGGGAGAUGCUAUUCCUCAUAUUAAGCAAAAAAAUAUAACUGAAAUUCAUAAUCUCGUAUCUCUAUGUCCUUUCUAUUCUUCCCCAAAUUCCACUCCAAUUCUUAAUCCUUAACCCUAAUAUCUUUCCCAAAUUUACUCAAAUCUUCCCCAAUUAUCAAGGUUUCUAUUAAUGGUAUCAGAGCUUGGUUGUGAGGGUGAGUUCAUCAAGACUCUCAAUCGAGGACUAUGUGCGAAGGAUGCGAGCAGAUUUCAUUAGAGCCCAAAGUGACUUGGAUCAAGGAGUGGAAGGACUGGCACAAGUAGUGCAUGCAGUCGGGCAGCCAGGCAGCUAUGCAGUGACGCGGAAAAAAAGAGGAAAUGGCUAGUGGGCCAUUGCGAUUGCAGGCAAAGAGCGACCGCGCUGAGAAAGAGGUAGUGGUUGUUUCAGUCGACAACAUGCUUGGGGUUGCUCCACUAAGAACGAUGUGAUUCCGAGCAACAAUGGAAUAGUUUUCUAGUCGAUAGUGGCGACAAUAUAACUACGGGUUUAUAUGUGUUGUUGUUACAAUAAAAGGGUUUGAUGCGAUUUUAGGAACUCUCAGUCGUUAAGAAUUCUAGGACCAGACACAAGUGAUUGGGGGAAAGAAUGAUUAUGAGGUUUAAAUGGACGGAUAAGGAAUGGGAAUUGAAGGGAUUGACCACAACUUCGUGUCCGGUAAGUUGGGAGGAGCUGAAGUUGGCCGAGGGAGCUAUAGUCACGGUGCUUUACUAACCAAUUGAGGCAACCACAUGUCGGGAGCUUGAUCCGAGCUUGCAAGAUCUAAUGGACCAAUAUGUCGACUUGUUUAAGAAACCUGAGAAUCUACCUCUAGCCCAGCAAGUGGAUCACUGCAUCAUAUUGAAGGAAGCAACUGACACGGCUGAUGUGAAGCGGUAUCGAUAUGUCCAUUCAUUGAUGAUGGAGAUCGAGCAACAGGUCGAUGAGAUGUUGGAGACAUGACUGAUUAGGUCGAGUUCUAGUCCCUUCUCUUCACCAAUGUUGUUGGUUAAUAAAAAAGAUGCAACUUGGGAUUUCGAAACAAGCUAUUGGGCAUUGAACGAAUGUAUAACAAAGGACCAUUUUCGAUCUCAACAGUAGAGGAUAUGUUAGAUGAUCCGUUGGGUGCUCAAGUCUUCUCCAAGCUUGAAUUGAGGGCCGGAUACCAUCAGAUCUGCAUGCACGAGGACGACUUUCUUAAGGCAACCUUCCACACUCACAAUGGGCACUAUGAGUACUUCAUUAUGCCUUUUGGGUUGUGCAAUGCCCCUUCGCAAUUCCAGACCACUAUGAAUGAUAUUUUCUGGCCUAUACUUUGCAAGUCUGUAUUGGUGUUCUUCGAUGACAUACUAGUUUAUAGUUCAUCGUGGGAGGAGCAUUCGCAUCAGUUAUAGCAGGUCAUCGCGAUUUUAAGAGUGAACCAAUUAUGUGAAGUCGUUGAAGUGUGCAUUAGGGGUGGUGGAGGUAGACUAUCUAAGAUACAUCAUAUCCUACCAGAGAGUGAAGGCUGAUUUGGUGAAGAUCCAGGCUAUGUUGAAUUAGUCUAUGGCUCUACACUGAAAACAAUGAUUGAGUUACAUGGGUUCUCGAGUUUUACUAGGUAGUUUAGGAAAUUUGUGCAGAACUACAACUUCAUUGCUCGACCCCUAAUUGAGUUGUUGAAACAAGGGUGGGUUUGGAUGGAACCCAAGGGUGAAUGAGGCAUUCCUGACACUGAAGGCUUCCAUGACUACCACUCUGACUUUAGCAUAGCUGAACUUCCCCCAUCCCUUUGAUAUCGAGGUCGACGCUUACGAGAUGGGUAUCGAGGCGGUGUUAUCUCAGUAAGGGAACCUUAUAGCUUUAUGAGUAGGACACUGACUCCAUCGAAAGAGGUGUGGUCUACCAAUCAUAAGGAGAUGCUUGCCAUUAUCAUUGUCAUCCAUACAUGGAAAUCAUACUUAUUGGGGAAGAAAUUUUGAGUAUAUAGAAAUCACCAGUGCUUGGUAAAGCUGUUGGGUUAUUGCUAUGAGUUGCAGUACAAGUCAUACCCGACUAACAAGCCCGCAAAUGCCUUAUCUUGGAGCGACGCAGGGGAGAUCUUAACCACAAUACCAAGACCAUUUGUUUAAUUAUGGAACAAAUGUAGUCAAAAGCAUGCUCUAAAACUUAAAAGUUUAAACAUUUACACUUUUAGGUCACCAAAAAACAUAUGCGUAGAAUUGAGCUUUUCACUUACAAUAUGCUUUAAAGCUUACAUUUUUACGCUUCUAGGUCACCAAAAGGCUUCUACACAGAAUUACGAUUUUGACAGCAUUGUAUGCCACGAGGUGCGGCGAGCUAUGGAGACCAAUUUUAACCUGCAGGAAUGCAAAGAUAGGGCUAUCAAUGAAUUGUCGGGAGAGUUUACACUUGACAUGUGUUGGUGUUUUACCGGGGAUAGAUUAUGUUUCCUGCAAGAUCUUAUUACGACCAUGAUGCGAGAUUACCAUGAUUCGCUAGUGGGGGGCCCUCCAAACAUGAGAGGACUCUGAGGAGGAUUUGGGGGAUAGUUCUACUGGCCCGGAAUGAAGUCUUAAGUGAAGU